AUGCGACGCCUUUUCCUUGCCGUCCUCGGUGCCAGUCACCUGCUGGCGGCCUCCGCUGAUGAUGUUACAUGCUAUAAACUCGACGGAACGAGCCGCACCGUUGAUGGAACCAAAGUGUGCAACAGCCUCGACGGCGCGGUGAGCAUGUGCUGCGCAUCAAGCGACACAUGCCUCAAUAACGGCCUCUGCAAGACCGCAGGGGACUCCGUAAGCUACUGGCGAGAUAUGUGUUCCAUAUCUUCGUGGCCCGAGGUGGGCUGCUUAAAGAUUUGUACGAGCGAUGCGGUCGUUGACGAAUCCGGUAACGCUUUGAUGACGCCCUGUGAUGGCACGGACUACUCGGAGACCUGGUGUUGCGGCCCAACGACAGACUGCUGUGGAAACAGCGACGAGAUUACCCUUCCUGCCGACAUCUACGCGUCUUCAUCAACGCCAACUCCAACACCAACGAGCGAGACAUCAACGAGCGAAUCGCGCACGUCCACAUCAGCCACUACGAGCUCUGACUCAACCGCGACACCGUCGUCAGAGCAAUCGCCAGCAUCGUCAGAAUCGUCAGGCUUGUCGAGCGGAUCGAAGGCAGGUAUAGGUGUAGGUGUUGCGGCAGGUGUGAUAAUCGGGCUUGGGUUCUUUGCAUUCUUCCUGAUCCAACGGCGACGGAAGAGGGCAGCGAUUGCACCAGGGGCCACGUUCGACGGUUCAGCACGGCGCGGCGCGGCCCCAGGAGCUCCUCAGGAGCUUGAACAGAGUGCGGUGUAUGAGACGCCCGCAGAUAAACAAAACACAAGGUAUGAACUGCCGACGCAACAAUCUACCGUGGCAGAUAGAUAG